GGAGGAAGGGGCGGCCUCCGGGGUAGAGGCCCUCCUCCUCCUCCUCCUCCUCAGGAAGAGGAAGAAGGAGGCCAGGAGAGGCGCCGCCGCCGGCACCGCGCCCUUCCUUCCUUCCUCGGCCUCCCGUCCUUCUUCGCCUCAGAAGCCGGGCGUCGGGUUGCCAAGGCAGAGGAGGAGGAGGAAGAAGAAGAAGAAGGAGGCCCUCUGGACGGCCAGCCAUGGACCUGGAGGGGCUCUUCGUGGACGAGGAGGGCGCCUUCUCCCUCAGCGGCUUCCAGGAGUUCACGUUUCUUCCCAGGCACCAGCAGCUGAGUGAUCGGGUACGCAAGCGACUUUACUAUGGCUGGGAUAAGGAUGGUACUCUUGAUAACCUCUCAAGUCCUGUUGCAGAUAUUGCUGUAGAAUUACUCCAGAAAGCUGCUCCAAGUCCUAUUCGGAGGCUCCAGAAGAAAUAUGUAUCUCAUGUCUCCCGAGAGGCUUGCAUCUCCCCCUGCUCUAUGAUGUUGGCCCUGGUUUACAUUGAGAGACUUCGGCACCGCAAUCCUGAAUACCUACAGCAAAUCUCGUCUUCUGAUCUCUUCUUAAUCUCCAUGAUGGUUGCAAGCAAGUACUUAUAUGAUGAAGGGGAAGAAGAGGAGGUCUUCAAUGAUGAAUGGGGAGCUGCAGGCAAGGUGGAUGUACAGACCAUGAACGCACUGGAGAUGAAUUUCCUCAGGGCCAUUGACUGGAGCCUCUAUACAGAUCCCAAGGAACUUUUUGAAGUGCUCAGCUGGCUGGAAGGAUGUGUGGCUGAGAGGCAGGGCAUCCGACGUGGCUGGUUUACCUACACAGACCUAUGUGUCUUAAUGGAGCAAACACUGUGGCAGCAGGCUUUGGGCCAGUUUUAUCAACAGGUGGCCAAGCUGGCUUGCAUUCUUGGCAUGGUGUACUUGACUGGGAUAGCUGCUGUCCUUGUUUCUGCAGUGGUCGUUCAUCACACUGUACACUUGAAGAGGACAAGCCCUAUGGAGCUUGUUGGCACAAGGAGUGCUCUAGCUCUGUGUCUGCCUGUUCCAUCUUCAAUUCAGCUGGAUCACAGCUUGGGGCUCCCUGACAGCUCUCCAUACCCAAGAGCAGAGAAUCAAACCUUUCAUGAUGAAGAACAGCAUCCAGGAAGCAGUGGUGUCAUGGCUACAGCUCUCUACCUGUGGAGCAGCGUCCUUAAUGUGUUAUCAUACCCACGACCAGCUCCCAUCAGUUCCUCACAUUGUCCACGUUGCAGUCAGCCCACCACCUGCAUGGCAGCCAACCACACAGCUUGCACCCACCCUGCUACACAGUCAGCUCCCUUUGGACUUCCUACAUAUUGCACAAGUUGUUCAUGCUGGAACUGGCACCUUCCCAUGUCGCCUAACUGCAAAGACUGGCCUGAACCACUGAUGCUUCAACAGUGUUCCUCACAGGCAGCCUUGGAGCUUGGAAGGAUAAAGGCAUUCAUAUUUCCUAGCUAGGGACAUAGCUUAGUAACAGGGGUGGGUGUGGGGUGGAUCUAGAUGGGAAGGUCUGUGGGUGUCAUAAAGGCAUAGGGCACAAGGGCAGAAAAUGCUGGGAGAUGGGUUUAGUGGUCUGUAUUAAAAGGGGUGCCAGUUCCACUUUUUGGGUAUAUCUUCCAAACCUUUCUGCCCCCUUUCCCCUUGGCAGCUGUGCUUAAAAGCUUCAAGGAGUUUACUGGAGAUGUGCAUCCCAUUUUAGGAAUCAGGCUGGGAUAGAAGGAAGACUGAAACGAUGCUUCAGUCUGUUGCAACUAUCAGCUGAGCCAUUAUUUGGUCUGGAAGACCUGGCUGAGUCUUUGCUUAACAAGUACAACUUAGGGUGGCUUCACACGCAUUGGGCUGCUAGCAGAAGACACUGAGUCACCUCCUAGCUUGAUUUUCUUGUGUGUUAACCUGUCUGGGGCACUUAGAAGUAAUGAUCCAUGGUAGCUCACAGCCACGGUGGCAAAUGCCAGCAAUUUUAUAUGUUUAAACUAUUGAGUGAUUUACUAUAUAAUUCAAUGUUAAUGUGUGAAUGCAUUCUUGUCCUGAGCCUGCCAUCCUUGUUUUUUCUAGUGAGGAAAGUAUCCCUUGGUUUCUAAGACCCAUGCAGGAGUUAGUGAGAUUUACUUCAGCCAUAGCACUAGGAAGGAAAGGGGUGCCAAUUGCAGAUCGAGGUUCAAGAUCCCAUUAUACCAGAUUAAUUCUGUAUUUUGAUACCUCCAACCUGUUCUUGUGAGUGCUUGCCUGCUUCCUCCAGUUCUUAGGGUUGGGAAACAACCACAUCCUGCAGCUUAUUCCUACCAGUGCUUUCUCCUGUACUUUUCACUGUUUCUUGUAGAUGGGAUCUCUUUCAAUAAAGGUAGCUAAUAAUGUC